GUGCUGGGCUAAAAAAAAAUGGCUUGCCCAGUUUGGGGGGCCCCGUGCCACCUUGGCUCGAGCAGCAAAGGUGCCUCAUCCCAAAAGAACACUUACAAGCACUUCAUCACUGCCUUCCCUGGGCAACCGCGGCCAGCUCCGGCGAUGCAGUCCUCCACGCAGGCGGCGCUCUUCCUGCUCCUUUGCUGCUCCGCGCAGCCGGCCCGCGCCCUCUCGGAGUCGUGGUCGUGGCCCUGGAGCAAGCCCGAGCAGAAGCUUCCGUCGAGGAGCUGGGCGCCGAUCCACCCCCACGCCAGCGAUCUCGUGGCGCAUGCCCAGCAGGCCCUCGCCGAGCAGGCCGAGCAAGCCCCGAAGGCGCAGGCCGACGCCGCGCAGGAGAACACCGUCGAGGCAGCCCCCGCCGCGCCGGCCGAGCAGGCCCCGAAGGCGCAGGCCGACGCCGCGCAGGAGAACACCGUCGAGGCAGCCCCCGCCGCGCAGGCCGAGCAGGCCCCGAAGGCGCAGGCCGACGCCGCGCAGGAGAACACCGUCGAGCCAGCCCCCGCCGCGCCGGCCGAGCCAGCUCCGCAGGAAAAGACCGAGGCCCAGCGGGCCCAGGAGCAGGCGGCGGAGCUGGCCCGCGACGCGGAGGCCGAGAAGAGCCGGGUGCGGGAGCUGCGGGCCGCGGUGCAGGCCAAGCAGAACGAGAUCGAGGAGCUGGCCGCCAAGCACGUGAGGGGCGAGGCCCUGUACGCCAGCCGCGCCAAGAAGGUCGCCAAGGAGCGCGAGGUCAAGAAGGCCGCCGACGCCGAGCAGGCCAAGGCGCAGGCCGCCGAGCAGGCGGCCAGGGCCGCCGAGAAGGCGGCCAAGGAGGGCAGCUGGAGCGGUCGUGCGGAGAAGGCCCUGGAGGCCUUGCAGCCUGCCGAGGGCAAGGCCGACGGCCAGGCCGACGCGGAGGCCAGCGACGCCGGGGGCGAGGGCCGGGCCCAGGAUCCUUUGGACGAGGUGGACGACAAGGUCUUCGGCCUCCAGGCCAAGCUGGAGGCCGAGCAGAACGAGCUCAAGUACCAGCAGAGGAACCGCAAGCUGGAGGCCGAGCUGGUGGCCAAGCAGCGCGAGCUCGCGGAGGCCGCCGAGGCCCAGCGGGCCAAGGCGCAGGCCGCCGCGGAGGCGGCAAGCGCCGUGGAGGCCGCCCGGCAGGCCGUGUCCCAGGCCGCCGAGCACUCCCGGGCCGUGGAGGCCGCCAGGGCCGAGCAGGCGAAGGCGGAGGCCAGGCAGCACGAGCUCAAGGAGCUGGCGAAGAAGCCCGGCUGCUACAUGCGCAUCCCCUCCGGGUGCCCCAGCAAGGCCAUGAAGACCGACAAGUGGAGGAAGGACGCGUGGGCGGACAAGCGCGGCGUCGACAGCCAGGCGUGCCAGCAGCGCAAGGGCACGUGGGACACGUAUUGCGGCUCGAAGGACACGGAGAUGAUCUUCGUUGAGGCUGGGGACAGCGAGAACUAGCACUGAACCGUACGGCCCUACAUGCCGAACAGAUUGAUGUCACCCGCCGUUUCCACGAGGACUGGCGAGGGCGCCGGCUCCAGCUCCAGGCCCUCUUGGCGUUCCAACUUGUUCCGCGCAGGGUAUGGCGUCCUUCUGGAGUUGCGCAAAAGUUGCCCGCGCACGGCUUGAUUGGCUUCGGCGGCAGCGCGCGUGAUCGCCCCCCCUCCCAGACCUGGGCCUCCGCCGUCGUCGCUUUUGUUCACGAUGGGGGCCCAAGGAGCUCUCGACACCAUCCUUGGGGCCAGCUUGUCGCCGCCAACAUUUGUUGAAAAGCUGCCAGAAAGCUGGCCCGGUGUCUUAAGCACGGUCGCCCUUUCAGCGUGAACAGCAGAAAUUUGCCCAGGCUUGUUUUAAGGAACUCCCAGGAAGCUGGCCCACAUGUCUUAAAGCAUAUUUUUCUUGAUCUUGAUCAUGGAUUUGGUUGUCGAUUGCAUUUCACAGAUUGCC